AUGCGUGAAAGCUCUAUCGCUGAACGUCGUGUUGCGGCAGGAGAAGGAGAAGCGGAAGGGGAAGGGGAAGGGAACGAAGGGAAAAGAGGAGGACGAGGAAGGGGAGGAGUAGGAGAAGCAGGGGGAGGAGGAGGAGUGGUUGGAGGGUCAGGUGGUAGUGACGUCACGGGCAGCUACGUAAUUCCGACGGCUACUGCAUACGCCACCGACCAGGCCUCGGGAUCCGCCCGCUCAACAGCGCGUUCGUCCGCCGCCGCUCCUUCCGCUCCUUCCGCCCCUUCCGCCCCUUCCGCUUCUUCCGGCCCUUCCGCUCUUUCCGCUCCUUCCGCUUCUUCCGCCAUACUGGAAGCCAUGGCUGCGCUCGCAGUCUCCCCCUUCGCGGCUUCCGCAUCUGCUGCGCAUUCUCCGCUUCCUUCCAACCCCUCUUACCGUCCCGCCUCGUCCUCCCGCUCUCCGUUCACAUCGGGACGGGCUCUGCUCCGAACCACCUCGGCCGAGCCUGCCGUUCUGGCUUGGAGCCACGGCUGGCCGCCCUCGACUAGGUCCGGCAGCAGCCGCCCAUCCGCAGUUCAACCGAAGCAAACCGAGCAGGUGUACGUGGACCAGGAAGGCCUGGGGCAGGUAAACCUCGGGCAGGCUAACGUGCAGCAGCAGCAGCAGCAGCAGCAGCAGCAGCAGCUGCAGCAGCAGCAGCUGCAGCAACAGCCGAAGAAGAAAACUCGGCGGCGAGGAAGGGAGAGAGAGGGGGGAAAGGAGGUGUUGAAGGGUCAGGAGGUAGAGGAGGAGGAGGAGGAGGAGGAGGAGGAGGAGGAGGAGGAGGAGGAGGAGGAGGAGGAGGAGGAGGAGGAGGAGAAGAAGAAUCCGACGAACGAGUUUGGGGAUGAGGGUGGCAGCACCCACGGAGGGAGGAGUGCUGCUGCUGGUGAGGAGAAGGGUGGUAGUGGCAGUGGCGACAGCAGUAGCAUUGUUAUUGGGAAAGAGGAAUGUAAGUGGGGGGGGAGAUCUAGGUCUAAGGGAAAGAAUGCUACUCCUUCUGCUUCUCCCCGUGGGGGUGCUGCUGCUGCUGCUGCUGCUACGCCUCCUGCUGCUGCUGCUACUUGUGCGCCUGCUGCUGCUACCGCUGCUGCUUCUGCUUCUGCGACUGCUGCUGCAGCUUCGCCUGGUGGUGCUGCUGCUUUUUCUUCCUCUGCCGCCGCUGCCGCUGCUGCUGCGUCUUGUUUCCCAUGCGUUGGAGACGACGGUGAAAGCACAGUGGAUGGGAACCCAGGGGAGCGUAUCAAUAUGAGCGAGGGUGGGGAGUGUGAGGGUGGAGAGUGGCAGGAGGCCAAGAGCAAGGGUAACAUGGAGAGCAGGGCAGCACAGCAGGGCACUAGAGAAGCGUCAGUGCUGCACACGCCACUUGCAGAUCAGUCGGAUAAGUCAAGAACACCAGUUUUUAAGCCAGGUGACGCCACAGCUGACGUGGCAGCUGAUGUGGCAGCUGAUGUGGCAGCUGACGUGGACCAGUCUGCAGCCAGUGCCGCCCGCCCGUGCGAGCGUUUCGCCCGUGGGGAAGAAGCGUCUUGCCACUAA